ACUUUACUUCGUGUAUUAGGUACUGCCACAAUGGUACUGCUUAUUAUGUGCCUUUUACUCACUUACAACACAUUACCAUAACCAGAAAGCGGUAGUCAAGAGAUAUUAUUAACCUUCGAUGGCAGGUCAUUUUUAACUUCUUUUCAAACAAUAACAAAACCUUUUACAACGGUUAUAUUGUUAAAUUUGUGAAUUUUAUAUUAUUCUUGUGGCUUGUUUGUGGUGUUAUUGAUUAUUAAAAAUGAGAUGUAUUAUAGGUAAUAAGGUGUUGUAUGUUGCAGUGCUGUUCUGCUUAAGCAAGAUUGCGUGUGCCGAAAACAUGGCGCUGAAAAAAGUGUUUAUAGCUAAUCCGUCAGUGCCCAGAGUAGCCUAUAACAUUUUUGAGAAUUUUGUAGAAGUCAUUACAUCAUCUGGUUAUGACAGAGAAUCUAUUAUAAAAGGUCUGUCAGGCGCAAAUGUUGAUGCUCUGUUCUGGGCUGGAGGUGUCAAGUUAGAUAAAGAAAUUUUAGAUACAGCAGGUCCCCAAGUAAAAGUUGUAGGUACAAUGUCAGCUGGAUACAAUCAUAUAGAUACAGCCCUAUUAAAAGCAAAAGGAAUUGUAUUAGGAAAUACACCACGGGUCUUAGAUGAUGCAGUAGCUGAUGUAGCGCUCCUUUUAGCUAUGUCAGCUUCUAGGAGAUAUACGGAAGGUCGAAGGCACAUCGAAGAGGGAACGUGGAUUAACUUUUUCAACACACAAUGGAUGUUAGGUCAAGAUAUUAGCGGAUCUACUGUUGGCAUUGUUGGAUUAGGAAAUAUUGGACAGGCAAUAGCGAAGAGAUUAAAGGGAUUUGGCGUGGCAAAGAUUUUAUAUACUGGACAUAGAGAAAAGCCAGAGGGAAAAGAACUAGGAGCUCAGUUUGUUAAUCAAGACACGUUAAAUAGAGAGAGCGACUUUAUCUUUUUGGCUGCACCACUUACUAACGAAACUAAUCAAAUGUGCAAUGCAGAUUUUUUUUCGAAAAUGAAGAAAACUGGAAUUAUAGUAAAUAUUAGUAGGGGACAAUUGAUUGAUCAAGCUGCUUUGAUCAAAGCUUUAAAAGAUGGUGAAAUAUUUGCAGCCGGUCUUGAUGUUAUGGACCCAGAACCUCUAAAUAGGGAUAGUGAAUUAUUGAAAUUAUCUAAUGUUGUGUUGACGCCCCAUAUUGGUAGUGCCACAAACAACACCCGAAACGCAAUGGCAGAACUGACUGCUAAGAAUAUUUUGCGUGGAUUAGGCGGAGAAGAAAUGUUCACUCCUGUCAAACUCUAAUGAAUUACUUUUUAUCUAAUGAAUGUGAAUGUUACAUAAUAUUUUUUCUUCUUGUUCAUAAUAUCUUUGUUAUUAUUAAAAUAAAUAAUCUCUUAAUUUUG